AUGAUUAAAUUCAAUCAAAUUAAGGAAAAUCAAAUUUUCGCCUUCCAAAAAAAUACCGUUAAAUUGGGCAAAUUUCAGAGAUUUCGUGUCGAGGAUGCAUUAUCUUAUUUGGAUCAAGUAAAACAACAAUUUGCUGAUGCACCGGAUAUUUAUUCUGGCUUCCUGGAUGUUAUGAAAGAUUUCAAAUCGCAUAGCAUCGAUACACCUGGUGUGAUAAAGCGUGUUUCACGUUUAUUCCGUGGUCGACCAAAUCUCAUCAUCGCUUUCAAUUCUUUUUUACCGCCCGGAUUUGGUGUACGUAUUGAAGGAUCAAAAAUCAUAAUUUCGGAGCCCAGUGGUCGUCGACAAGUGAUCGACGAAGGUAAAUUUUUUCUGCUUAAUUUUUGCUUUUUUUAG